CCUGGCCUCCCAGCGGUCGGUGUCCGGGGCGGGGACGGGCUCCACCACCAACAGCCGCAGGCCGGGCAGAGAGCGCGGGGAGCGCGCCCGCCCCCUGCCCGGGGCUCGCCGGCCGCCCCGCGUCCUGCCAGCGGCCUCGGGGAGGAGACGCCCGGGAGGGAGCGCGGGCGGGCACACCCCGCCCCGGCACGCCCGAUCAGCGCUCGGGAGGAGGCAGUGCGACGACUGUUUAGGCAGCGGAGGGCGCCGCCGGGGCCGGAGCCUAGGCGCGGGUCAGCCCUGAGCGCAGCGCGCCGCGCCCCCGCCGGCUCUGGCGCCCGGGUUCUGCGGAUCAGGAGUUGGAACGCGGCACCUUCCCUUCCUCUCAGCCCUGCCUCCUCCUGCCGAACGGACUCAAUAGGACUUUGUUGUUUUGCCUUUUACUCUGGAGGGAAAGAAGCAGACGAUGAGGAGAAAAUAAUGAAUGUCAAAGGAAAAGUAAUUCUGUCAAUGCUGGUUGCCUCAACUGUGAUUGUUGUGUUUUGGGAAUAUAUCAACAGCCCAGAAGGCUCUUUUUUGUGGAUUUAUCAAUCAAAAAAUCCAGACAUUGGUGACAGUAACACUCCGAAGGGCUGGUGGUUUCCAAGCUGGUUUAACAAUGGGACCCACAGUUAUCAAGAAGAAGAAGAAGAAGACAUAGAUAAAGAAAAGAGAAGAGAAAAGGAACAAAGAACAGAAGAUGAUGAAGAAGAGCUUCAGCUCUGGGAAUGGUUUAAUCCUAAGAAACGCCCAGAGGUUGUGACAGUGACCGGAUGGAAGGCGCCGGUCGUGUGGGAAGGCACUUACAACAGAGCCAUCCUGGAAAAUUACUAUUCCAAACAGAAAAUCACUGUGGGGUUGACAGUUUUUGCUGUUGGAAGAUAUAUUGAGCAUUACUUGAAGGAGUUCAUCACAUCUGCUAAUCAAUACUUCAUGGUUGGCCACAAGGUCAUAUUUUACAUCAUGGUGGACGAUGUCUCCAGAAUGCCUUUGAUAGAGCUGGGUCCUCUACGUUCCUUCAAGGUGUUUGAGAUCAAGCCGGAGAAGAGGUGGCAGGAUGUCAGCAUGAUGCGCAUGAAGACCAUCGCGGAGCACAUUUCUGCCCACAUCCAACAAGAAGUGGAUUUUCUCUUCUGCAUGGAUGUGGACCAGGUCUUCCAAAACAACUUUGGAGUGGAAACCCUAGGCCAGUCAGUGGCUCAGCUGCAGGCCUGGUGGUACAAGGCAGAUCCUGACGAGUUUACCUAUGAGAGACGGAAAGAAUCGGCAGCGUACAUUCCAUUUGGACAGGGGGAUUUUUAUUACCAUGCAGCCAUUUUUGGAGGAACACCCCUUCAGGUACUCAACCUAACCAAGGAGUGCUUUAAGGGAAUCCUCCAGGACAAGCAAAAUGACAUAGAAGCUGAGUGGCAUGAUGAAAGCCACCUGAACAAGUAUUUCCUGCUCAACAAACCCACUAAAAUCUUAUCCCCAGAAUACUGCUGGGAUUAUCACAUAGGCCUGCCUUCAGAUAUUAAAGUUGUCAAGAUAUCUUGGCAGACAAAACAAUAUAAUUUGGUUAGGAAUAAUGUCUGACUUUAAGUUGUACCAGUAGGUUUCUGAAAUUGAGAGUAUUAUUCUGGCUGCUUCUGCAGAAAAGUAACAAUUUAACUUAAAAAUCUACUAACAGAACACCAACACAGCAAACACACUUAUUUUCCUUGUAACUUUGAGCCUUGUAAUAUGGGGAAAUGAACCUGUGGUAAUCACGUGUAAAUUCCCAGUGAUUUCUUAUCUGUUCUGGGUUUGGGGAAAAUACUAUCAGGUGAAUCAAAAGGAAACUAUCAUAGGCAAAGAAAAAGCCAGAAAAACUACACGUAUCAGAUACUGGAGUAAAGUGUGCCAAAGGAAGUAUUUGGCAACAAGAUAUCACUAAAGGGGUUGGCCCCCUUGAUUUCUGUGUCCUCUUGUGUUUUGGGUGAGUUUUAAGCAACAUAGAGUUGCUUUGCAGCAGGUGAACUCAGCAGUAAGGACACCAUCUUCCUUGGUCAUUCCAAUGAGCUUCAAAGCAGAUUGUUUUAGGCCAUUUGCAUCCUCUUCCUUUGCCUCCUCAGGAUGUUGUUUGUGAAAGAUCAGUGGGGGUUCCUAGUGGCUGUCAAGGUGUGUGUUCCAAGUUCUUGGGGAUCAGUGAGACAGAGGUUGCUCAGUGAGAACUGAAGACAGAACAUCCACACCUAAGCCUGCCGUGGAAUAGCAGAGAGAGUGGAAAUACAGGUGGGCUUGGCUUGUCAUUGUUGGGCAGCGUCACUGUGAGUGACACAGAGCAUGGUUGGCACUGGACUGUGUCGCACAUCCAGACACUGAACUGGAAGCGUUGUGCUCAGUCUCCUUGAUUCUGUGACUAAGACAGCAGCAAGCGCUUGAAUGGAAGGAGCUUCUUGCCUUGCUCAGGUCACACGCAGUCUGCUGCACUCUCCCGAUCCUUGGUGAGGAGAAGGGGAAGACUCAAAGCAGAUGGCUUCAAGGAGUUAACAUUUUCAGUCCUUAGCAUGCCGCUCGUUCUAGACCUCAGGAUACCUUAUGAUAACCAGCUUGGAGAGCUGACAGCAACCAGUGGCCUGGAGAAAAAGCCCUUGUGUCAAGAUCCUUGGGUUUCGCCGCGCUUCAUUUGCACUGUGGAAGUAUAACGACCAGAUGUAUUUGACAAAAAAUGUUAACUGACACCCAGGUAUCUGACUUAACCACAUUCAGAUCCUUUCUCUUAAGAGAAGCUGUGAAAUCCUACAUAUUAUUUGAAUGAAUCAAAUGUCAGGUAAGCUAGGGGGGCAACAUUUACAUAUGCACGUAUAUUUAUAUUUGGGUUGUGCUCCAGUUCAAGUCCUGUGUUGCCAUUUGCAAGCCACUUAUUUGAAGAGCCAUUGGACUGGUUUGACACGCAAUGCCUUCUAGGCUUCUUGGACAAAAAAAAGGAAGCUUACAUUCUCCGUUUGUGUCAAUGCCUCCUACUCUUCAGUUCCUGCUGAGAAGUCUCACAUCUGACAAAACAAAGCAAAGCAAAAACCCUGAUUCUGUGGGGUCUUGAAGAGGUGACUUCUGUCAGUUAAGAAUAUGGCUUCUCUGUUACUCAGACUGUCUUGGGUCCAGUCUAGACUAGGGGAGUUCAAAGAUUCGAGUCUUGAACCAAAGAGUCAGCUCUCUCGAAAGUAGGGCUGAUGUUUACUUUUUUGAGAAUUUUCUGAUUUUUAAAUUAUCCCAAGUGGGCGAAUUAAAUAUCUCAUUUAAUUGAUCAUUUUAAAUGUUUUUUUUAAAUAAAAUUCCUGAUUUACAAUUGAAUAAAUUAUUUUCUCAGUA